AUUCACAGAGAUACGGUUGGCGAGAAGAAUGAACUGGACAUUAUAGACUCUAGUCAUGUCGAGGCCUCGGUCAAAGCCGAGGAUGGUGCCUAUAGUGACCCCUUGAGCGAUGCAGAGAAGAAGAAAAUCAUACGACGAGUUGAUAUGAGACUGCUACCAAUACUCGGGGUCAUGUAUUCGAUAUCUCUCAUUGACCGUAUAAACCUCGGUCUUGCCCUCGUUUCAGGGAUGCAAGAAGGCCUUGAGCUAGCUGUUGGCAGCCGAUAUACCAUUAUUGUGAUGGUAUUCUUUGUCGCCUACAUGUAUUAUAUUCGAGAUACCAAGCAAUCUUAUUUUACCGAAGGCUGGGCCCGCAAACUGGUUGUCCUUCUUAGGUUUCUCGUUUGGAAGCAGUCUGAUUGGCAUGGGCUUUACCCGUCACUGGGAACUAUGGCCUUGUGUCGAGCUAUUCUGGGGAUGUUCGAAGCUGGUUUCCUUCCGGGAUGCACAUAUCUCAUCACCUGCUGGUAUACGAGGUAUGAAGUCGGCAAGCGAAUGUCAGGGUUCUGGAUCCUCUCUGUUAUAGCAUCAGGCUUCUCUGGAAUACUCGCUUAUGUCUUGUCUCUGCUCAAAGGACGACAUGGCCUCAAUGGCUGGAGGUGUACGGAUAUUCAAGAGCCUCUUCUCCUACCCGAAGGGUUUUUGGGACACCAGCUUACUUGUCUCGUAGGGAUCUUUAUCGUAGAAGGUGCCAUCACCUGCGGCGUGUGCCUCCUUGGAAGACUGAUCAUCGUGGACUUUCCGUCCAGGGCGGAUGACUUCCUGUCGCCCGAAGAAAAGGAGUUUGCCAUGCGCCGCAUAAACCAAGAUCGUGGCGACGCGGAGGAGGACAAGGUGGAGCUCAGGACGGUUCUUCAUCAUUUGAAAGACUGGAAGCUGUACGGCUGGGCUUUCAAUCUCAUGGCCUCGACUCUCCCAGGUUACGCGUACGCUUACUUUCUCCCCAUCAUCCUUCGCGAUGGCAUGGGGUUUUCUACAACCAAGGCUCAGCUCCUGACUGCGCCUCCAAACAUAUUCGCUGCCGUUGUGACCUACAUCUCGGGCUGGAUAAGCGACAAGUAUAAGGUGAGAGGGCCGGUGAUUGCAGUACACCAAGCAAUAACAGCCAUCGGAAUGCUCGUCACGGCGUAUGGAAAGGCACCAGCUGCUCGGUACUUCGGGACAUUCUUAGGGAUCGGUUUCUUCCAGUAUGGCAUUCCAGGGGUACUAACCUUCCAGGCGAACAACAUCACGUCGCAUUCCAAAAGGGCUGUUUCUGCUGCUACGUGCAUGAUGGGAGGCGGCGUGGGUGGCAUCAUCGCGGGAGUGGCAUUCAUGGCUGGCGAAAGCCCCCAUUACACAACUGGAGUAUGGACAGCCUUUGCCCUGUCCAUGGGAAGUAUAGCUGUUAUUAUUAUCACAGAUCUUCACCUUUGGAGAUGUAACAAGGCUGUUCGGGCUGGCAAGGCUGUCAAUGAAGGAAUGGAAGGGUGGAUGUAUACGCUAUGA